AUGAGUCUCCAGUUGGUGAAUCCAAAGGCUGAAUCGCUGCGGCGCAACCAGGCGCUGGCAGUAAACAUUAAUGCUGCUCAGGGGCUUCAGGCGGUUGUUGCGUCCAACUUGGGUCCAAAGGGUACCGUGAAGAUGCUUGUGGACGGUGCAGGCAACAUCAAGCUCACUAAGGAUGGCAAGGUUUUACUGUCUGAGAUGCAGAUCCAGAAUCCCACGGCCAUUAUGAUUGCCAGAGUCGCUUCUGCUCAAGACGAGAUCACUGGCGAUGGUACUACCUCGGUUGUGCUUUAUGUCGGCAGCAUCCUUCGGGAGGCCAACCGUUUCAUUGGCGAGGGUGUCCAUCCUCGAGUGAUUACUGACGGUAUUGAGGUUGCUCGCCAGGCCACUCUACAAUUUUUGGAAGGUUUCAAGACACCUGUUGAAAUCGACCACGAGCUCUUGCUCCAGGUGACGCGCACGUCUAUUGCUACAAAGUUGCGUCCGCUUCUUACCGAGCACCUGGUGCCUAUCAUUACCGAUGCAGUGAUGACGGUUUGGGAUCCCGAGCAUCGUCUGGAUUUGCACAUGGUCGAGAUCCAGAAGAUGCAGCAACAGUCUGCUUUGGAAACUCGUCUCGUCAAAGGCCUCGUAUUGGAUCAUGGCCCCCGCCACCCCGACAUGCCUCGCCAUGUUGAAAACGCUCAUCUUUUGAUUCUCAACGUCUCGCUCGAGUACGAGAAAACCGAGGUCAACAGCAGCUUCUACUACUCGUCUGCAGAGCAGAGAGAUAAGCUUGUGGCCAGCGAGCGCAAGUUUGUUGAUGCUAAGCUGCAAAAGAUCGUCGAGCUCAAGCAAGCCGUCUGCAAGGAAGGCGAGUCGUUCGUGAUCAUCAACCAGAAAGGUAUCGACCCCAUGUCACUGGAUGUUCUUGCUCGCCACGGGAUCAUGGCGUUGCGUCGUGCUAAGCGUCGUAAUAUGGAGCGUUUGCAGCUCAUUACCGAUGGUAUCGCGCAGAACUCGGUUGACGAUUUACGUCCUGAGAUUCUUGGUUGGGCUGGUCUUGUUUACGAGCAAAUCAUUGGUGAGGAAAAGUACACAUUUGUCGAGAAUGUCAAAAACCCCAAGUCGGCAACUAUUCUCAUCAAGGGACCCAACCAGUACACCAUCACCCAGAUCCAGGACGCUGUUAGAGACGGACUGAGAGCAGUAGCAAACACUAUUGGCGACAAGCACUUGGUCCCGGGCGCAGGCGCUUUCCAAAUUGCCGCACAUGACUAUCUCGUCAAGAAUCAUGCCAAGAGCAAGAACCGGGCCGGUGUUUUGGUCUUUGCAGAGGCUCUGCUGUCCAUCCCCAAGACCUUGGCCGCCAACGCAGGCCUAGAUGUGCUCGAAGCCCUCAGCGAGGCCCAGGACGAAUACGCCAAUGGCCACGUUGUAGGCAUUGAUCUGGCGACCGGCGAGCCCAUGGAUCCCACUGUAGAGGGUAUCUGGGACUCCUACCGAGUGGUACGCAACUCCGUGUCGUCGUGUGUUGGAAUUGCCACUAAUUUGUUACUGUGCGACGAGCUGCUCAAGGCAGGUCGGUCGUCGCUUAAAUAG